CCGGUACUUGAUUCUCAUUUCAUCGACACACUUCGUUUUUGUUUACUGUGACGUCACCCGACGGAAAUCCCACGUGUUCGUAACCAGGAAGUAAGCCCUUUGAAAACAAGCAUGGCGUUCCAUGCAGUUCAAAAGUCUUUGCUUUCGUUGCUAACAUUUAUUGCUGUGUCAACGUGCUACAGUUUGGGGGGUUGACAUAAGUACAAAAUAUUAACAAUAACAGCGAGCUCUUGUAAUAAGACCCCGUUAUGUGUGACGAUAACGACACAAGUCAGACUUUUUCUGCGCCCCCCCCCAAACUCUUGACACCCGUCUUGAUCAUCAACUCCAACCCUAACGUGAUAUUCGCUGGGAAACAACAGAGAUAUUUGGAGAUUUACGAGUAAAAAUAAGGUGGUAUUCUUUUCUGCCAGAGAUGUCUCUGAGUGAAAAGCAACGUGUUUCGUCAGAAACAUGUGAGACGGAUCUGGAUGGGGUUUCAGAGCUGAUGGAUCUGCUGCGCAUGGACCUGGAUCCUGAUGGAGAGCCACGGAAAGCUGAGGGAGGCGAUGCACCGUGUUCUUCUAAGAACGUACUGAGGAAGCAGCGACACUGGGAGAGGCAGCUGGCUGCAAAGAAGAGCAAACGCAAAGAAGAGAAGCAGAGGCGGAGGUUGAAUCGCGCUCCGGAAUCAGGUGGCGACGCGGACGCUGCUCAGUUCAGCAAGCGAGUCAUGAAGGCGAUCACCAAAGAGCGUCUAGCAGAGGCUCGCUCCACGGGUCGGAAACUUUGCGUGGACCUCAGCAUGACAGACUGCAUGUCUGACAAGGAGAUAAGCCGGCUGGCGGGCCAGUUGCGACGGCUGUACGGGUCGAACAAGAAGGCGACUCGGCCGUUUCAUCUGUUCCUGACGGAUCUGAGGGAGGACAGCCGACUCUACCAGGAGUGUGUCCGAAUGAACGACGGCUUCCUCGGCUACGCGAUGGAAAUAACAGAGGAAAGUUGUUUGGACCUGUUCCCUUCAGAAGCGGUUGUUUACCUCACCCCUGAUGCCCAAGAAGCUUUGCAGACAGUGGACGCUGACACAGUUUACGUCCUCGGCGGCCUGGUGGACGAAAGCAUCCAGAAGAAGCUGAGCCUUUCCAGAGCCGCGGAGCUGAGCGUCCGCACCGCCAGGCUCCCUGUGGACGAGUGCAUGGUGAAGAAAAACAACGCAAAGAAUUUCCACUCCAAGAUCCUCGCCGUUAAUCAAGUGUUUGACAUCCUGUUAAUGUUCUCGGAGACCGGCAGCUGGACACAGGCGCUGCAGACGUGGUUUCCUGCAGGAAAGGGUUACGUCAUCUCACCGGAAAACUCAGCACGUUUUCCUGUUGAGGAGCAAUGAGUGAAUGAAUGAGUUAUUAGGGUUUUUUUAAGGACUACAAGCGUCAACGACUCCUAAUAUUACCUGGUACACUGUGGUAUGUUUAUGUUUUAUGCUACUUGGCACCAAAUGAUUAAAUCUGAAGCUUUGGAGAGGAAACCUGCAGAAAAUCUGACAUAAAGCUGCGUGUCGUCAGCGUACAGAUGGUAAGACAUGCCGUCGUACUGAAGUGUUUAUUACAUGUAGGAAAAAGGAUAAAUUCAAGCAGUUUAUUUUGUUCACAUACUUUUAAAAAUGAUACAUUUCUCCAUACAUCUUCUACACCGGUUUAACCGCUUCAGGCCGUGGGAUUAUUUAUCACUACUGUCAAAACUUACAAUGGUCUCUUUGCGUAGUGCAAGAUGUUUUUGUUGGCAUUGCCUCUCCCUGAACUUUGAUUGUUUUUCCUUGGAAAAAUGUCAAAUUAAUUCUCAGUGAGGAAAAAAAAAAAGAGUCUGAUGGGAAUGAGUCAAAUGCCCAAACAUGCUGUCACAAAAAAAAAACAACCCAAACCCAAACAUUUUAUACUUUGUCUUCUGCUUGUGAAAAGAUAAACUGUGGAAGAUGAGCUUGUGGGGGGGAAAGGUCAGAAACGAUCUAUGAUGCCUCACCUGUAAGACAACCUCAGGUAAGCUGAGGAACACGACUGCAUCUCCGAGCAGCAAAGAAACUUCCUCAAAUUCAGUUUUGUUUGUCUAAAUGUCGGCUUAGACCUUAAAGCAUCUCAAGUUUUUCUCUCCAAACUGAUGGUAAAAAAAAGCAGGAAACCCUGAAAGCAUCUUUUAACUUACAUAUUUUAUAAUAGAAAAGAGACAAUCAGGAGUAACACAGGUUUUUUUUCUGGUGCAGAAGGUAAGAACAUAAACACACUUGUUAGUUUAUUUAGUUUGGACUUUUUUUUUUUUAAUGAAAAUUUUUUUUAUAUUCUCAGUUUAUUUAAAGCUUUUUGGGCGAUUGGCAGCAGUGGAGUCAGUUCCAUUCAGUCUGAGUUUAAGGCGUUAAAUUCACAUCCUUUAUCAAAAAUAAACUGCUUUGAAGCAGAA